UCACGUGACCAGCGCCUCAAUCAUUCAACUGCGGCUCGUCCGGCUUUCGUCUGCCUGUGCCAGUCUCAACGACUAUUAGGUGGUGGGAUUGCUUCCCUUUUCGACGUCCGAGUCUCUUGCCGGCGCUCAGACUUCUAGACCCUGCGGAAGACUUUCUGCCUUGGCGCUGACGUCCAGGACCACCGCAUCCUUUCUGCCGCUUUGGGUGCGUCGGGGUCUCCAGGGUUCCUGAAGUGUGUUGGAAAAUAGUCAAGAUUUUAAAAUUUAGAUGACCAAAAUGGAUAUCCGGGGUGCCGUAGAUGCUGCUGUUCCAACCAAUAUUAUUGCUGCCAAGGCUGCAGAAGUCCGUGCAAACAAAGUGAACUGGCAGUCCUAUCUGCAGGGACAGAUGAUUUCUGCUGAAGAUUGUGAAUUCAUUCAAAGGUUUGAAAUGAAAAGAAGUCCUGAGGAGAAGCAAGAGAUGCUUCAAACUGAAGGCAGUCAGUGUGCCAAAACAUUUAUAAAUCUGAUGACUCAUAUCUCCAAAGAACAGACAGUUCAGUACAUACUAACUAUGGUUGAUGAUAUGUUGCAGGAAAAUCAUCAGCGUGUUAGCAUUUUCUUUGACUAUGCUAAACGGAGCAAGAACACUGCCUGGUCCUAUUUUCUGCCAAUGUUAAAUCGCCAGGAUCUCUUUACUGUUCACAUGGCAGCAAGAAUUAUCGCCAAGUUAGCAGCUUGGGGAAAAGAAUUGAUGGAAGGCAGUGACUUAAAUUACUAUUUCAAUUGGAUAAAAACUCAGCUGAGUUCACAGAAACUGCGUGGUAGCGGUGUUGCUGUUGAAACAGGAACAGUCUCUUCAAGUGAUAGCUCUCAGUAUGUACAGUGUGUUGCUGGGUGUCUGCAGCUGAUGCUUCGGGUCAAUGAGUACCGCUUUGCCUGGGUAGAAGCAGAUGGGGUAAACUGCAUAAUGGGAGUUUUGAGUAACAAAUGUGGCUUUCAACUCCAGUAUCAAAUGAUUUUUUCAAUAUGGCUUCUGGCAUUCAGUCCUCAAAUGUGUGAACACCUGCGGCGCUAUAAUAUCAUUCCUGUUCUGUCUGAUAUCCUUCAAGAAUCUGUCAAAGAGAAAGUGACAAGAAUCAUUCUUGCAGCAUUCCGAAACUUUUUAGAAAAAUCAACUGAAAGAGAAACUCGCCAAGAAUAUGCUCUGGCUAUGAUUCAGUGCAAAGUUCUGAAACAAUUGGAGAACUUGGAACAGCAAAAGUACGAUGAUGAAGAUAUCAGUGAAGAUAUAAAAUUUCUUUUGGAAAAACUUGGUGAAAGUGUUCAAGAUCUUAGCUCAUUUGAUGAGUACAGUUCAGAACUUAAAUCUGGAAGAUUGGAAUGGAGCCCUGUACACAAAUCUGAGAAAUUUUGGAGAGAAAAUGCUGUGAGGUUAAAUGAGAAGAAUUAUGAGCUCUUGAAAAUUUUGACAAAACUUCUGGAGGUAUCAGAUGAUCCACAAGUCUUAGCUGUUGCUGCUCAUGAUGUUGGAGAAUAUGUGCGGCAUUAUCCAAGAGGCAAACGGGUUAUUGAACAGCUUGGUGGGAAGCAACUGGUGAUGAACCAUAUGCACCACGAAGACCAGCAGGUUCGCUACAACGCUCUUCUGGCUGUGCAGAAACUCAUGGUGCACAACUGGGAAUAUCUUGGUAAACAGCUCCAAUCUGAGCAACCUCAGACUGCUGCUGCCCGAAGCUGAAGUGUGCCCUCCAGCCUUCCAUUUCACCUGUGACACAACACCCGGAGUGUGAAUCUCAGUAAUUAAAUGAUUUUUCGUUUUGUUUGUAACUUUCUUCUGUUGUGUAGCUUUCCCACUGCUGAUUUCUGGUAAAAGUGUUUGCCCAUUAAAUUGUAUCAAAAGAGUAGGUGUUUUCUGUAUCUAAGAAAAUAUUAGUUAUAUAUAUAUUGCCUGUAUUUCUAUAUUUAUUGUUCUCUGGAAAUUAAUAUAGUUAUUAAAAGAUUCUCACUCCAAAUACGGUUCUCUUUUUACUCAUUUUGUACUUAGACUUUAACAAAAAUUACAUAUUGUCCCAAUCAGAUUGAGAGAAUGGUUGCAAAGUAGUGAAUGGCAAAUACAAGGGGGUCCCCACAAAAACAGAAUUAUCUUGGAGGGUAGACCCCUUAUACAGACUUCCCCCACUAGGUGAGUGUUCUAGGAACCCAUCUGUAUCAGUGUACCAGCUGGUGGUGGUGUGAGAGGCUGUGUUUAGCUUCAGCAAAUAUUUUUGAAGACUCUUGCAGUGCGUUUGCCCAUUACAUGAGGGGUGAUUUACAAGCACACCUGCGCACAUCAUGCUGAGUGUUCAGCAGUUUUUGACCAAAAACAACAUGACCCUCAUGCUCCACCUUCCCUUUUCACCCAGUCUGGGCCCAAGUGAAUUUUUUUUGUUUCCCUAGAUGAAAACAGUUCUCAAAGGGACAUGUUUUGCUGAUGUGGAAGAGGUGAGAAAAAAAUGGCAAAAGCACUAAAAGGCAUCAAAAUCAAUGAGUUCAAAAACUGUUUUGAGCAAUGGAAAGAAUGUCUCAUUAGGUGUAUUGCAUCAGAUGGAGAGUACUUUGAAGAUG